AUGUUGAACGAGCUCCUAGAGGGCCCUAAAAGCCCGUUGCUCGACGUUCAAUCGGUUCAUAAAGUGCUGAAUUCUAUACCAGCGAGCCUAGGAGAUCUCUACUCCCAUAUGUUGAAUGACCAUUCAAUCCGUGCGAGCGUGCCUCAGAAGCGCCAGGAGCUCAUCCUGCGACUGGCCACUCAUGCUACCCGUCCUCUGCGACUGCUAGAGAUUGCAACUGUAUUGGAUUUCCUUGGUACGCAGGAGAGCCAGAUCACGCAAGGAAACGUCAAGCAUCUCACACGUAUGUCCUGUGGGCCAUUAUUGGAGAUCCUUCCCGAUGAAACUGUGUCUGUUUUCCACCAUUCCUUUACCGAGUUCCUCAUGGAUGGUGCAAGGACCGACCGUGCAAGGACGAACAGUAUAGACUUUCCAGUCAUCGAUGCAGUCGAGACUAACCAUUUUAUGGCACUAGUCUGCGUGCGAUAUCUACUUUUUGGCGGUCUGACCACCUGGAAACUUCAAGAGGUCUCUUGUAUACAUCGUGACCCGUGGAAGGAUAUGCAACUUGCCCAGUUAGACUUUCCUUUCAUAGAAUACGCUGCGUGCAACUGGUAUAUUCACGUCUCGCGCCUGCCGGAAGUCAAUGGUGAACUGUUGGAACUGCUCAACACGUUCACGAAAACCGAGAACCCAUCGUUUCAGGCCGUUGUUGAGCUGGUAAUGAAGAUUGGCCACGAACCUGUCUCAGUUUGUCCUCUUCACGUUUGCGCCUGGGGACAUAUAACCAGCUACGCCAAGGCUCUGAUUCAGUCUGGACAUGACUGUAAUGCCCUCGAUGGGCAGAAGAUGACCCCGCUAGCCAGAGCCGUCAUCAAAGGCCUACCAGAUAUGGUUGCUUUUCUACUAGAGCAUGGUGCCAACCCGAAUCCCGACGUAGAUUGCAAUGGCAAAAUUCCACUUCACUAUGCUGCAGAGCGCAACGAUUAUCAAGUUGUUAAACUUCUACUAGAGGCUGGUGGCAAUCCACUUAUACAUCGAUCAAGCAAGUAUGACCCACCGCAAUGUGUCAUCGGUUAUGAUCCCGAAAGACAUAAGACACCAUUGGAAUAUGCAUGCCAGGCGGGUGCUGUCGAGUCUGUUCGAGCAAUGCUGUCGCAUCUGACAAUCGAAGAUCUCAAGUUGGCCCUGUGUUGCUCGAUUAUGGCUCGUCAACUGAAAAUUAUCAAGUUGUUCAUUAAUCUGCCUGACAUAAAGGUGGCGGAAAACAAAUUCACUCAAAAAUGCCUGAUUCUGGCGGCGGAGACCAAAGAUCCUCAGAUUCUGCGACUGUUUCUUGAUCUUGUUGACACAUCGGACGAUGAUUCUUGGCUAAACACUCUCUUACUAAGGUUCUGCGAAUCACUAAGCCGGAUUUCUCGAUGGGGACUUGAUUCAACUGAGGAUCAAUUGACAUCAUGCCUCGACCUGAUACUUCAAAACGGAUGUGACGUGAACGCGCGGGGGACGAUUGGUCAAACUGCCCUGCACGAGUGUGUCACAGCACGAGCUCCCUCCUUGGUGGGUAAACUGCUCGAGUGUGGAGCAGAUGUACAUGCGACGGAUCGGAUUGGCAACACACCUCUGCACCUCUUGGAUCCAGAUGAGCAACACUCUAAGACAUCAAGGCCGAUUCUCCAUGCCUUGAUGAACUCCGGAGCCCAGUUGGACGUGGGAAAUAUCAACGAGCGUGGCGAUGCACCUCUUCUCGCCUGGUGCAAACGAAAAUCACUUAUCAAUAAAUUCGAUGUAGACCUGUUACGGCCAUAUGUUAAGGACUGGAACAUAUCUGAUAGCGAAGGAAAUACGCCAAUUCAUCUGUUGGUGAGAGCAAAUGUGGGCAAAGAAACCCUUAAGAAAGUGGUGGAGCUGGGAGCGGACCCAAACUGGCGCAAUUAUGAGGGGAUUUACACCACUGUAUUAUACGCGAAGCGGCGCACGCCAUUUCUGCGGACCAUAAUCACUCAUAGGCAGUCUAAGGAGUUGUCCUCGUGGCUGGAAUUCGGCCCUGAUCUGCAUGCGACUGACUAUGAGGGCAAUGGAGCCCUGCAUCUGCUUUGUGAAAACAAUCGCCGUACCGAGAGCCUCCGUAUGUUGCUUGACGCUGGGGUCAACCCCAACCAUCGCAAUCACCGGGGUGAUACGCUCUGGCACACCUUUAUACGAUAUGCACUACAGUGGAAAAGUGACAACCUGGUCUCGACUGUGUAUCUACUGCGCCGGGCGGAAGUUAAUCUGGCAGCGAAGAACCACGAGGGUCAAACCCUGUUGCAUUGCAUGUGUGGUGCUGACACGCUCCAACCCAGUUUAGCACCUGGUGGUAAGAGACAUAUUGAUACCAAGAAACUACUUAAUGCCUCGAAUAACCCCAUUGAUCGCCUACCUGCAGUGGAGGUCAAUGACAUGAUUGAGGUGGAAGACCACCAAGGGCAACGACCUAUCCACCUUGCUGCUGCUUGUUCGGAAGCUCUAGUGGGAUGGUUGAUCCGUCGAGGAGCAACUGUCACUAGCAGGACACACCAGGGACGAAAUCUAUUGCAUAUCGCGGCGGAGGCGAAAGCAAGUAACUCCAUUGGGCUUAUUCUGGAGAACUACAAGCAUGAACAACAGCGAAAGAUGGCCGUUAAUGAGGCCGAUAAGGAUGGUCGCACGCCGUUGCAUAUCGCGUGCCGCGCAGGUCGUUUAGAAAGUGUGAUAUUGCUUCUUGAAGCCGGAGCUGAUGUUACCCUCGCGGAUAAGGAACGGGAGACCCCAUUGCAUGCAUGUGCGCAUUUCAACAGACAGCAUAUGGUGUUCGAUGACAACGAGACCUUGAGGGUGACAGAGAUCAUUCAACUGCUUCUUGAAAAAGAUGCUGAUCCGGUUGCUGAAGAUAACUUGCACCGAACACCUUUAGAGUUAGCUGUGCUUAUGGCGAACGCCGAAAUGGCCGUCACCUUGGCUGAUACAUUUCCCAGUACUCCGCAACAACCUCGGCCAAGUGCAGCACAGCUGUAUCUGACUGCUCGUAAUGAUAACGUCGACCUCCUGGUAGACAAACUGAUGAAGACACCAUUCGGGACGACUCCAGAUUUCAACCACCUGCUGCUAAUGGCUCGUAAUGGGAACGAUGAAGCCCUGAGAAUCAAAUUGCAGAAAACUCCUCCAUACUGGACGAUUCGAGACUUCGAACAGCUACUGAAACUGGGAGGCUACUCUGUAUUAGAACGACUUAAUGCGCGACGCGCGAAGAUGACCGGGGAGUAUGGUUCAAACGUCCGCUGCUUAGACGCCCACAGAAGAGACAUUCUUAUAUCUUUGGCCCGGUGGGGCUUUGUCGACUUGUUUGAGAAAAUUGGAAGGAUGCGACAGAACCAAAACUCUGAUUGGAUUAAUGGGAGUCUAUCUCGGCCAUACAAACCUCAUGAAGACAUCUUGCCGUUCAUAUUCACUGUGGCGUCACGUUCACUCCCUAGUAUGGAACUGUUACGAAUUAUUGUCGAAACUUUCAAUGCUGAUGUGAACGUUCGGACGUAUCAAACCAGAUAUAUACCUUCUCUUGGAGAAUAUUCAAAGGACACACCAGAUCGCAGCGUUUUACACAUCCUUGCGGUCGGGGAGUACUGGUGGCAGACUGAGGCGAUCCAAUAUUUACUACAACACGGUGCAGAUAUGGCAAUGCGUGAUGCCGAAGGCCGCACACCUCUUCACGUCGCGGUGACUGGUGGAUAUCGUCGACUGGAGAUAGCUCGUGUGUUACUCGAACAUGGCGCAGAUCCCAAUGCAUUGGAUCUGAAGGGGGUGACACCACUGGGAUUCGCAGCGGAAAGCCCCGAGAUGGUUCAAUUACUCCUUCAGCACGGUGGGAAGAUCGAGCUCGGCUCCAAGCCCGUCCUCUUUGAAGCCAUCACUGUCCAGGCUAUCGAUACCGUCCGCGUUAUUGUUGAAAGCGGAUUUGAUAUCCAGGAGCCCUUCAAACAUUCACUAGCAGAGCUAGAUACUUAUGAAAAAGCAAAAUCUAGACACCACCUAGGCUCCAGCGCCGAAGCAGUUAGCAGAGCAGAAGAGCAACGUCAAGGCGAACUACACCUCCUGCUUGGUCGCCCCCUCCACUACGCUGCUCAUAGGCGUUUUAACAAAGUUGCCGAACGUCACAAAGCUGUUGCUAUAGUUGAGCUAUUAUUAGCACACGGGGCGGACCCCUGGCUUGUAUCUGGUGAUAAGACGACAACAAUUAUCCACGACGUGCUUCACCAAGGUGGAAUUGUUGAGCCCUUUCUUGCGUUGUCCCAUUUGGAGUUGGAAAAACGGGACGGCCUCGGCCGGACGCUGUUGAUGGCCGCCUGUGAUGGUAGCAAGAAAUACUCAACCGGAAUGGGACAGGAUUUCAAUGACCCAGAACUGCACCUCUCAGGGUCAAUGCAAAAAAGACACUCCGUAGAGCGGCUGUGCGAAAUGGGUGCCAACAUCUCGGCAUCAGACAAGACUGGCAAGAAUGUGGCGCAUUUACUCGUCGCAACCGGACAAAGUUUGAUGAAAGAGGUACUGCCUGUCCUAGUGGCCAAGUUUCCGGACUUGGUCCUUCAAAAGAAUCAACAAAUGGAGACGCCGCUUCAUCUGGCCGCAAAAGAUCAUCAAUGGGACACGGUACGGAUACUGCUUGAUGUUGGGGCGGACCCUCUGACUCCCGAACCUAAGGGUAACACAAUCCUUCAUUAUCUGGCUCGUUGCUUGCGUGACGAAAGGUAUCUGCAUCCUACAAUGGGCUUCCGUAGAUCUCGUGGACAAAGCUUGGACAUUAACACGUGGAAAGAAACGACAAUUUGGAAGGAUUUUUCACGGCUUCUCGAUCAGGGAGUAGAUAUCAACACGCGGAAUGACAAUGGCGAAACACCUAUAUUCGAAUAUGUCCGGGGCCUAGCGUGCACGCAGUCUCUACACAGUCCUAUAACGGACUCCUUGGUCGCUGCCGGGGCAGAUAUCCUAGUGCGCAACCACGAGGGAGAGUCUUUGUUGCAUGUAGUGGCCAAAUUGCCAUGUAAUGCCUGGUUUGGGAAGUGCCAAUGCAAAGGCGAAUUUGCAGAGCCUUUCAUGUAUUUGAUGGAACAAGGAUUGGAUCCCUUUCAAGAGGAUACGAAACAGCGGACGCCAGUGGACGUUGCCGCCGCCUAUGGGAGAGAAGGCAUUUUAGCAUUGUUCAAGAAAUAG